GGGAAUAAACUAGCCCUGUGUGAUCUGCAAACAUGUCUGGAAAACCAGUUUGCAUUGCUGAUUUUGAAGAGUAUGCUAAAAAAUUUCUGCCCAAAUCAGUGUAUGAUUAUUACCGAUCCGGAGCAGGUGACCAGGAAACGCUAGCAGAUAACGUAGCAGCAUUUGCAAGGUGGAAGCUGUACCCCCGGGUGCUCAGGGACGUGUCGGUAAUGGACCUGUCAACUUCAGUCUUGGGGCAGAAAAUCAGCAUGCCAGUGUGUGUCGCGGCGACCGCUAUGCAGCGCAUGGCUCACGCGGACGGGGAGACGGCUACUGCUAAAGCCUGCCAUGCAAUGGGGACAGGGAUGAUGCUGAGCUCCUGGGCCACCUCUUCCAUUGAAGAGGUGGCUGAAGCUGCUCCAGCUGGUCUUCGCUGGCUGCAGCUUUAUGUGUACAAGGACCGGGAGGUUACCAAAUCCCUCGUGAAGCGUGCAGAGAGAGCUGGCUACAAAGGAAUUUUCGUGACAGUGGACACGCCGUUCCUCGGCCGGCGCAUCGACGAUGUGCGCAACAAGUUCCAGCUUCCUCCCCACCUCAGAUUGAAAAACUUUUCAAGCAACGACCUGGCAUUCUCCUCAGGGAAAGACUUUGGAGAAAACAGUGGACUGGCUGUGUACGUAGCCGAGGCGAUUGAUGCAAGUGUCAAUUGGGAGGACAUCAAAUGGCUUCGAGGGCUGACCUCGCUGCCCAUCGUCGCGAAAGGAAUCCUCAGGGCCGACGAUGCUAAAGAAGCUGUAAAGAUUGGGGUAAAUGGUAUCCUGGUGUCAAAUCAUGGAGCGCGACAGCUUGAUGGGGUCCCUGCAACUAUUGAUGUCUUGCCUGAAAUCGUUGAGGCUGUGGAGGGGAAGGUGGAGGUGUUUCUAGAUGGUGGUGUAAGAAAAGGCACAGACGUUCUCAAAGCACUAGCUCUUGGUGCCAAAGCUGUGUUCAUCGGAAGACCUCUCAUCUGGGGCUUGGUUUAUCAAGGUGAAGAAGGAGCAAAAGAAUUUCUCCAGAUGCUGAAGGAAGAGUUUCGCCUAGCAAUGGCACUGACAGGAUGCCGGAGAGUAGGAGAAAUUGGCAGGACACUGAUACGAGGACAUCAAGUCUUGUUUUCCAAGAUUUAGGUCUGAAGACUAUUGCCUCAUGUGUCGUCCGUUGUACAGGAAGUGUGCUACCAGACAUAAAGCAACUGCAUUCGCUCUUUGGGCCGCAUCCUGCAAUCCUGACUGAGAAGGGGUGGUCUGUAGGAGAAAGGAUUGUUGAAGAAAGGAAGCACUUGUUGAAGAAAGGAAGCAAAUUUUACAGGUGUUUCCAUUUUCUCCUGGGCUCUUAAGGAAAGCUCCUCUACUGGGAGAUGUGAAUAAAGAUGGGCCUUUAUACGAGAGCAGUAUAGAAACUUCGAGGUGUUUUGCAACAAACACUAAUAUUAAUUUACAUGCCUGGGAGUAACUUUACUGUUAAAAUGAAUCCAUAAACAGAAAUGUUUUGAUAGCAAACAGCUAUUAAAAUGCAGAAAUUUAAAAUGUAAAAGAUACUUCUUGCUGACUGCUUAGAGAAACUACACUAUAGAUCGUAGAGAUUAAAUCUUGCUUUCUUAUGAACGUCGUGUCAUUUCCCUGGCGACUAUGUGCUAUUGCUUUAUAAGCAUGUGGGCUUGUAGCGUGCAGGCUGCGGGAGCUCUUAGUUGUAAAGAACUGAACAGCAAAGCGAAAUUGGGGAAAUUCUGCUGUUUAAGUGACACAAACCCCUUUGCAAUCAGAAGACCGUGCAUUAGGUAUAGGUCAGAUCCUUGGCUAGUGCAAAUCCAUGUAGGCCUUUUGCCUUCACCAAACCGUGCCGACUGCACCCAGCUGGAGCCCUGAGUCACGUUUUUCACCUGGAUUUAUUUGCUGACAGUGGCAAGUGAAGGCUGAUGCUACCUGGGAGAGUUUGUAGGGUUUGCAGCCGUGUGCAAACGAGAAAUUUGAAUAGUUGAGGUAUUAACCCAUAAGCUGGGAAGAUCCUAGUGGCUCUAUUCAGUUUCCAUGAACACCCUUCAGACAGAGGUAAAUCCUGGUGUUAUUCAACUCUGCUUAUGCUGAGGAUAGAGAGACAUACGAGAUCUGCUCCUCUGUUCUCUGAACGAUCCAAAUACACACUGAAUUCGGGAGAAAUUUUGCAACUGUGAAGAAGAUAGGAAUAGUUUGAUAUUGCCAAGUGGCCUUUCCCAAAGUGAGCAGGCAGAGGAGGUAAGACUACUGAUCUCAUCUCGGGUAAAACUAAGGGCGGCUCUUCAUCUGUCUCACUUCUGUUGCGGGUAUAGUGAUGUUACUGGGAGCAGGGAGAGACCACUGCAGAAAGGUUUUGAAAAUCUUGUGGUGGAAAUUUAGUGUCCAUUUUAAAGGAGGAUUAAAAAAAAAAAAAAAAAAGCCUUGAUUUCACUGUUCCGCUGUCACUGACAUCACUGCCUCUACCAUUUGUUUCCCAUCAGUGUCAGGAGAACUCAUGCAUUCUGACUCUCCCUUUUUGCUCUAUUUGAGAUAUCCCUCACUGUGCUUUAGAGGCAGCUUUGUAAUAAAAUGAUGGAAUAUUUCAAUGUGAACUAAAGCUGGGGCUGGAACUCCAAAUGGGGAGAAAACCCAAAAGGCCACAUGCUUGCCCUUCAGUUGUAAAAUUUGUACUCUUAUUUACUGCAGAAUGUAGUGUGUUGUGUGAGGGUUGCGUAGCAACAAAAUAAAGUUUAUCUGUGUAAGGAAAUAUGAAUGUUUCUCAGAGCAUAGAGAAGCAUAAUUUCUGCUGUUUACUGCACUUAUCAUAUCUGUUGCAAUGUGGACUGUGUCAGAUGUCAAUUACAGACUAACUUCAUAAAGACUGUUUAUUUUAGAUAAUAUAAAUGUUACUUAAAAGAUAGGGGCAUAAUAUCUUAUGUUUACAUGUUCAAGAUCUAUUUCUAAAGUUUAGAAGAUGUAGUUUCCUGUCUUUGCCCCAACCAGAUUCAAGGAAAGUUCUGUAACUCUGUGGUCCAGGAUAAAUUCUGAUGGUGAGGAAACCGGUUUCAUUACUUGUGCGUAAUUAACUAUUUCUAGUUCCUCUGGGAUAAUGGGUUUACAUUGUUUUUUCCUGCUUGUUAUCUGAGAAUUGUCUGACUGCCUUCCAGUUCAACCCUAGUAAGAAUACACAGACAUUAAAAACCAAAAUUAGAGCCAAAUACUGAAAGGCUGUGGGACGGCAUUAACAGAAAUGAAAUUCAUUUGCCUGGUAGACUUCUGUUUAUAAAAUAUUCCACAGUGAAGAGAAUUUCCCUUGAUUUUGAGACAACCAAACACAACUGCUUCUGGAAAUUAUUUUAAAAAGGUAGGAAUUCUGUUUGGUUUUGGGUUAGAAAGGAGGAAAACUGAGUGCCCUCAACAAUUUUAAAAGCUGAACAAUGCCCGGGCUAAAAAAAAAAGAAUCUACCUCACAGUUACUUAAUCUGGAGAAGCUGAGAAGAAAACAUAGCACGCAUAAUAGGUGGUGGUCUUUUUGAGAUACGUUAAGUAGAAAAAUACAAUAUUUGCCUCUAAAAUAACAAGUGAACCCAGCAAACUCUUGGGAACAAUUAGUCACAAUCCUCAGACCCAGGAAUAGAGGUAAGGGGGAACGGAAGGUGUAUUUUAUAUUUAUGAUGCUUUAGUAGAUCUGCCUAUCUGUACGUCAAAUAAGAAACGCAGUGUCUUGGUGGUUUUAAUUAUAAAAUAAUUUUCUGACUUUGCCUUGUCUCCAUAUUAAGCCAUAGAUACCAAGAAAAAAAUGUCUACAUAGAAAAAGUUCUAAUAAGGGAGGAACAGUGAGUGAUAUUUAUGUACCCAGAAAGACAGCACUCAACUGGUGUGCUGGGUGCCUAGAAAAAAAACCAACCCAUUUGGGAGGCUGGUGACUGAGCAGUAACUGAACGGGGUUCCCUAAUUCCCUCUGUGGUAGACCAGGAACAUUCCGCGGAAAAGGAGAUUGCGAAUCUUAAUGACCGAAUAUUUAUCAGAUCUUUUGUGGGCAGAGGAGAGACCAUAAGCCAAGCCUGAGAAUAUGAGAGAGUAGUGUACUUCUCCUGUACGUCUUAGGAGAAAGUGGUAUCUCCCAAGAGGCUAAGAUGUCAGGCAGGCUUCUACAUACUGAUGUUUCAUAUUCAGCCUACAACAUUGGUUUCUCUGCUGCUGUCAGUUUGGAAGAUCCCAUUUUUCUGGAAGCAUCUCCGCAAAGUUGUUUCCUAGGCCUCAGCGAGCCUAUAGAGGAUUAAACCCCCUGAAGAGGAUACGGAAGAAUGUGGCACUCCACAGAGGAUGUGUAGAAACCACUUGGGAGAUUUGGAGAGGAUUCCGCCCUGGCUUGGGAUCUCAACAGAUGGACUUGAGAGUACUAAAGUUCUACAGUUCUAAAGAAGACAGUCUGUUUCAAAGUGACAACGUCAGUGAAAGAGCCUGUGACGUUGUCUGGACAUCUGAUAGAGCAUAUCAAGGCUAGACAUACAGGGAGCAGGGCCCUCCUAAGAAAGAAACAAUAUGCUUCUGCAAAAGACCGCUUUGAGCUGCAACACCUUGGCGGUCUGGGCCUGGAGGAGAGGUUUGGCUGUAUCGGGAACAUAUUUGCCAUGAGAGCCUGGCAGUUAAAUCCAGCAGAGGAGAGUGCCGAGGCACGGAGGUGCCGGACUGCAGGCAUGACAGUCUGGUGAGCAGAAGAUGGCAAAGUCAAUCGAGGGUUGCGAGACUAUCUGACGUUUCAGAUAAAAAGUGGAGGAGGAGAUUGGUGCAGCUUCAGGACAGAUUUUACUCUCGCUUAGCCUGUCAGUUCUCUGAAGCAGAGACCUGCUGCUUUUUGAAUGCUUGGAGCCUGCGCACAGGGUGGGGAAUCCAGUAAGUAAAUAACGGGAGUCAUAAUUCAGUGCACUGAAGCUGAAGAGCUGUGAAAGACAUGAUCUGUUUUCUUGUGACCUCCACCUCUUGCUGCGACUCUGGGACACGUUAUUGUGUUUUAUUUUUACUAGUGGCCAAGUCAAACAAAUAGCUAUGGAACUGGUAAGAACUCCACCUCCAUCCCUAACUUUUCAGGUUAAGUGUGAAACUUGUCUGUCUUACUGGGAAUUUCUGAACAUAAAUAAACAGACACUUAGAGUUACUUGCUUUGAUAAAUGGGCAGUGUAGGUCGAGGCCUGUUGGAUAUGCAGGCGACUCAAAGAUGAAGCAGAGCCGGGGAAGUAGGCAGGAAUGGCUCUGCUUUUCUUGGCUUCUCAAAUGGUUUUCAGGCUGAAAUCAAAUACCGAGAGCACGAGGAAAGCUGGCUUCUGAAGUCAUGAUUUUGCACUGAACCUCACUGUAAGGAUAUCUCUUAUAAAGCUACUUUUGAUGUGGAAAUUUGGCUCCAAACCACACUGAAGGCCAUUAUAAAUAACCACUUCAUCACAGGACACACAGAAGUUGGCUUCCUUGAACACUCCUAGAAAGCAAGUCUAACCUUAUUGAGCCAUAACCUCAGCUAGUGUAAAUCAGAGAAGCUCCAUUGACUUCAUUAGUUUAUACUGAUUUACACCAGCUGUGACUGUGGCCCACAAUACAGCAAGAUAUGUCAGCUUUUAAAUUCUGUCACUGAGUGUUGAACAAAACUGUUUUUAAAACAAGAUUGGCAAUCCCAAAUUUAGAUACUAAUGAGACACAGCACUGUAAUUGUUUCACGAUGCCUAUAUGUUCCAUUUUGUUUUCAUUUUGCCUUGCUUCUGUUUUUCUUAUCUCCUGCCAAACAGAGAGAGAGUACCACAUAUGUUACAUUCGUAACAAAGAUGUUUUGCUGCUUUGAGAACAUGUCUUCCAGAUGCAAAAUGCCUUUGUGUUGCAGUUCAGCUUCUUCCUUUGCAUAGGUACGUUGAUCACGUGCCAACGUAAGAAUGCCCUUGAGGGCCAGCCCCAUGUUUCUGUGGGCCCUGGAGCUCUCAAAGGGGCACCUAGAGGCUCUCCCAGCUGAACUUCAAAGAUCUUAUUCCUCCUUAGGGCUUUCCAGCUCCUAAGUCGUCAUGUCAGAUGGGGAGGAUGAAUUGUGCCCAGGAGCACCCCAAUAGGAAUGUCCCAAGGCCACGGAUACAUCUCAUUUCCUCUGUCACAGUCCUACAGGGUCCUUGUGUAGUUAACCAUACCCAGUAAUCAAGUGCACUGGUGGCACCUUCGUGGUACGGAAGGCUGGCAGAUGCCUACAGGUAGUUUGAUCAGGCAAGCGGAAGACUGACAUAUAACCAGACUGACAAUGAUUGUUAUUAUUAUUUUAUGACAACAGCAGCUGUAAGUUCCAGUCAAGGUCAAGACAGCAUUGUGCGUUGCAAAGGUGCUUUUCUGCAAGCAGAGCCUGAAGCGUAAAUUUGACAGGCAGAGGAAGAGAAAGUCUCGCUAAAAUGAGAUCAGAAACAAAGUGAUUUCCCCAGUUAACUGGAAUAUCUAUUCCACUGCCUUAAUUAUAAAUCAUGCUGUUCUCUAAGGCAGAUAACUCUGAGGUAGAUGCCACAUAACACAAACACUUAACAACCAUGGGGGAAGGUCCACAGAUGAACUACAGAGCAGAGGUAGAGCUGGGCCACAGCUAGGCCCUUAUAUGUAUUUUUCCUUGCAGAAGGUGGAGCUCCUUACGCAACUGGGACUGUAUUUUACGCUCUGCCAGUUUGCCGAGCAAAAUCUGAUCGUGUUAGCUUUGCAGUACAGGAAUGGAAGACUUCUUAUUUCUUGCUGGUUGUCUAUAAUUCAAUAGCAUACCAUGAUUCUGCCUUGGGUUCUCCCCAAGCCCCUCAGUAUACUAACCCCUGUAAUUCUGUGUAGUGUGUUUUAUUAGAUUUCUUGUUAGGAGUGGAUUGUUGUGGAUUCUUGAAAGUAGUGGAUUUAAACCACUUGCUUAUCAUUAAAAAGGUUCCUGCAGACCCAGGUAUUCAUGGUUAGGUUCAUUUCACAUGAGAUUUGUUUAAUUUUCAAGAAUUGAUCACAAGGACUUCAAAGGAAGCAACAUGGUAUAAAUUUAGCUCUUACACGAAUUCAGGAUGUGUAUUGCACACGUUUCCACUUGGAAUGGUUAUAAAUAAGUUCAGCACGUAUUGCUACUGGUCCCAGAAAUCUAGCAUGGAGGUGAGAUAAACAAUCUUCAUAACAGAUGAGACCUGAAUGCUGAUCAGAGUUGGGAAUUUGAAAAGCAGAAUCAUCUCACAUACCUGAGUCACCUCAGACUCUCCUCAGAGUCUGUAUGCAUACUCUAGCAAAGAUAAGGUAGCCUGGUGUGUUGAAGAGCGUAGGUGGGGUCUCUAUUAUAAUUGUAAUACAAACCGUCACUGACUCCGGAGUUACACAUUUGCAGCCUUCCCAUCAGGUAGGUAAGACCAUCAAAAAAUGCUGAAUUUGGCAUAAGCGAAUUCCCUUUGACGAGCUGCUCUACACAGGAACCUGGAAAAACUAAAAAAGCACCCUUCAUAUUAGAAAUUCCAGUGGCAAGCUCUUUGAAAGAGUUACAAACAGAGCAACUUAUAUUAGGAAAAGAGAACUCAGUCACAGUCUCGGGAAAGCACAACAGAAUAUAUCUGCAAAUAAAGAGUAAGAGCUGGCAAUAAUCCACCUCGUUUCCUUACUGCCUAUUGGGGAGUUUGUUCCGCAGCUCCUAAUCCAUGGCUGUAGGUCCAGGGGUGCCAGCGUCUGUCUCUGCUUUGUUGUGGCUUUGCGUCCUGCCUAUUGCUGCUGUGUCUGCACCAGCCAUUGCUGCAAAGUUCUCGGUUUUGAUACCGUAGGGAAGCUGGAACAAAAGAGAUGCUUGGGAAUUUUGGGCAGAGUCUUUGCUGUUUGGAAAUACUUUGAAAUGAAGCAUGGAGAGAUGUGGGUGUUGAUGAAGGGCUUUUGGCCAGAAGAUAAGGUGUCUCCUUCAUUUUUCAAGAGUUCCCUACCCAGAAUUAAAGUGGAGUCUAGUUAUAGUGGUUUGCCAGAUGGGACAAGGGAACCUGCAUAGGUAGGAUUUUGGUGUAAGCCAUAGGCGGCCUGUGGUGCUUCAUCAGCACUUUACAUCUGUAGAGAAAGCACCAAGUGCCUCUUCAAGGCAGAGGAUCCCAGUCCUUGGUUCCCAGGCUACGCGCUGCCUACAGCCAUGGGAAAGAAGUUAAAAAGGCAGCUAGCAAAGACCUUGAAGUGCUCUUGCCUACAUCGUGUUACUUGCUCAGUAACAUUGUCCCAGGGCCAGGGAGGUUAGGGCUUGCUAUUCCAGAACUACUGCUGGUCAUGCAUUUGAGUAAAUAAAGAAGCCCACCACCAUUACAACAUUCUUUCCACUUCUUCUGUUUAGAUGCUGAUAUGAUCUUUGUCUAAAAAGUUUAGGGCCAAAUUGUGAGCGAGCUCUGUUGCAAUCUGUGGAGUUGUACUGCUGUAUGUCGGCUGAGAAACUACAGGGCCCUCUCUCCCUACCCUCCCAAGAGGCACCAAAGUUUUCAUUGGUUUUGCUGGAAAUUCUGCGUUGCGUCCCAUCAGGCCCAUAGUAUUUGAAUUUGUGGGACUUGCAGCUGUCUCACGAGGUGCGUGAUUGUCGCUUUUAUCAGGAAAUUUGAGACAACAGCUGAAGGGAAAGCAUCAAGUUCUGUGCCGAGGCCAAGAAGGUUCUUCUGAGUUAGGCAAGGCUCGUACAGUUACCUUCUCGAUGCUGCUGAUAUUUCCCAACCACAGUUGUCCUGUUACAGAGUUGAUACUGAACGUCAGACCAUCUUGUGUGAAUGGAAAAAUGAACAGCCCUGGUGCAGGACAUGCACACUUUAACGUAUAAAUAAACAAGUAAU